AACAGACGGAGCAACAGAGAAAGCUAGAGAGAGAGAGAGAGAGAGAAACAGACGGAGCGAGCUCACCGGCAUUCAUUCUCUCUCUCUUCAGGUCCCGACAACAAUGACGUCGCCGCCGCCGCCGCUGCCUUCGUCUUCCUCGGCGCUCCGCCGCCUCCUCCUCGCUCUGCUCGCCGUCGCGAUCCUCUCCCCGGACCGCCUCCUGGUCAAGUGCGACAGUGAGGAAGAUAAUCUUCUUCAAGGCAUUAAUAGUUAUCGGACAACUUUGAAUUUAACAGUCCUUACAAAAAAUGAUAAUGCGGAAUGCCUUGCCAAGGAAAUGGCUGAUCAAUAUAAGAAUCAACCUUGCACUAAUACGACAGGUGCUGACACAGUACGUACUGAGCCUCAGUUCUCCAACUAUCCAACACUUUUAGCCAACUGCCAUCUGAAUGUCUCUGUCAUAAGGGAUGGGGUAAUAAUGCCUGCUUGUGUUCCCAACUUGGUCCCAAGCCUUGUCCUCACUAACUUCACCCAGUCUCAGUAUUCAGUUAGCCUAAAUGAUAGCAAGUAUACAGGAAUUGGAAUUAAUUCUGAAAAUGAUUGGAUGGUAGUCAUCUUAACCACGAAUACACCUGAAGGAAGCUUCAUGAGUGUCGAGUCAGCCAGUUUGAUUCUGAAAAGCAGUUUCAUUUAUCAACUGCUUUUUCUACUGGUCGGUUUUGUGCUCCUAUUAUGAAACUGGUGAUAACAUGGCCUAAUGGCUGCUUGACGGAGAGCAAUCAAAGAACAGCUACAGAGUAUUCAUUGCAUUGUUUUAUUUUGAAGGAAAAGGUGAAAUUGCAGAAUAAUCUUGAGUACAUUCUUUUCGUAGUAGCUUGUGUUGUGGCUGGAAAUAUGUAACACGUGACUUGGUAUGAGGAUUCUACUAUGUUAUAUUUGUUCUUCCUUUUGCCCUAAUUUCAUCCUUUACUUGAAUACUGAGGUACAUUGCAAAGGGAAUUAGUGCAAAAGA